CACACACACGAGCUAACGAGAUGGAAUCCUCCCUCGCCCUCGCUCACUAGAUCACUAGAUCACCAGCCACUCACGACUUGUGCCCGUCACAGAACUGCACUGUGUGGCCGCGAAAACCUGGCGGAUCAGCUGAUCCAUCCCAUCCACAUCGACAUCGAUCCAUCGACCGUUACCAACGAUCUCGUCGCUGAGUCGCCGAGCCACAUACGGGCACUGUUCAACUCGUCGUCCUUAUCUGUAACAUCCUCCACUGCAGUAUCGGUCACAAGAACGAGCUCGAUUACAUCAAAUCGCAGCAAGACGCUUGAACACACAACAUGGACUCUCGUCGAUCCAGCAUGAACAACCCUCCCGCCCCGGCCAGUGCCGACGGGGACGGCGAAGAUGGCUCCCGCCGCCGCCCGACCCGAGCGCGGAUCGGUCCUCUCCCUAAAAACUCUCCCGAUAACCCCCUCUUCCCACCCCUCCCUCCGAAGAUGCCCAAACAGAAAGUCAAACGGUCCCCCAACUCGAACUCGAAUACAAACUCUGACUCUGGCCUCGGUGUGGGUGGAGGCGGAGCCAGCUCAAGGAGAGACAAGGAGGGCAGUACGACGAGCAGCUUGAGGAACGAAUGGGUCGAUGGUGAUGGGGAUGAGGAAGGAGAAGGAGACAUGGAGGAAGAAGGAGGUCUGCCUGUGACCCCUACGCCGACGCAUGCCAAACCGGCCGAACAGCUGAACAACGUCACCCACGAGACCAAACCGGAUCAGACCCGAGGUUCAGAAUCAAUAGCCAAUUCCAACUCGAAUUCAAACUCGGCCUCGGCCUCGGCGAUCGAUGACAAGGACGACGAAGGAGAUUGGGCCAAUUAUGCCCGCCGACAGAGACAGUCGAGAGGGUUCGGGAUGGCCGGAGGUCGAGCCAGUUCGGCGAGUCUGGGUGCCUCGAGGAGGAGCGUAGGGCAGAAGCAGGCGGGUUCGGGGCCGCAGUCGCCGGUCGUCAACGUCAAUAAUGGCGAUGUUGGCGAUGUCGAUAGGCAGCAGAACGCAAAUAUCCAGGAAAAGAAGACUAUCGAUACGAUUGCGGGUCAAGAGCCAGGCGAGGUAAAAGACCAGCCUUUGCCAACUCGGGACAAGGCCGAAUCGAUCGAGGAAUCCCCUUCGCAAACUCAACCCGGAGUGCCUGAAACCGAGGAUGCUGCCGACCCGAUCGUUGACAGUUCCGCGGAAAGGCCAGCGAGGUUGCAGAGGAUGGCUAGUAUGGCUAGUAGCAUCCUUACCAUGGACAACGAGGACGAGGACGACCAGGAGGAAGAGGUCGAACGGGAGGAGGUCGUUGACAUGGACAUGGAUGUCGAUAUGGAUGUCAAUCCAUCGACCAGCGGACAGGUCGAUAUCAAGAACGAGGUCGACCCGGUCUUGGAUCCGUCCUUGACUGGCCAAUCAACGGGUAAAAAGGAUUCGAUUGGUACUAGUCUCUCCUCGUCUUCCAUAUCGAAUUCGAGACAAGGACAAGGCAGGAAACCUUCGACAUCCUCCUCCAGCGCCGUACCCCCGAAUAUGGACGUCGUGAAAAAGACACGAAGGAGUAGCAAGAUUGACGCUUCAGCACUGGAAGACGAAAAACCUGUCGUCGCUCGGCAACCUGCAGUGCUGGAGGAAGAAGAGCUCGAGGUGGAGGGUGCAGCUGGAGGGGACAUCACGCGGUGUGUUUGCAAGCGGGGCGAUAUUGACGUGAUGAUGAUUUCUUGCGACGGGUGUGAUGUUUGGCAACACGGAGCAUGUGUUGGAAUCUGGGGCGACGAGGAGGCACCUGAUGAAUACUAUUGCGAUGAAUGUCAGCCGAGCUUGCAUGCGCCGUUAUUAAGAUAUAUGAAGUUGCGUUGGAAGAACCGCAACGAUCCCUUCGUACCCCCUACACCUGCGGACCUCCAACAUCACACGUAUACGUCUGACCGUAUUCCACCUUCUCAGUCGAAACGGUGGGCCGACGCAAAGAAGGGCAAGACCCCAGCGCCUCCUAGCCUCACACACAAAGCUUCGAAUGGUAGCAGAAGUCAACGAGGAGGCAGAGCGCCUAGUCCUAUCAACACGGGCGGUACGAGCGCCGACAGUCGGAAACGCGGCGGGAACACUCGAUCUGAGCGACAAGAUCAGACGGAACCACCUCCAAGCGCAAAGAGCACGUCGGGAAUGAGCUCAAAGCGGAGGCCCUCAAUGAAUCGACGAACGAGCACGGACAGCUCGGAGGAUUCGGGGCCUUUGGCAGGGACGUCGACCGCGAAGAAACGAAGUACCAUGAAUUCUCGUGACGCGGCGUACGAGGCAGCCAUCCGAGCGAGCCUGGCGGAAUCAGGAAGAGGGAGUCCUGCUCCGAGUUCGGUUGCACCCGUCAGUACGAGCGACAAAGCGAAGUCUGCGAGACGCGCGAAAAGGGAUGACGAGGAGGAUGUUGCGGAUGAUGCAGCCAGCAAGAAAUCUGUGCGCGGAACCAAGCGAAGUCGAGGAGAGGACGGAGACGAGGAGAGCGAGGAGGAUAGAGCCGCUCGUAAGGGUAAGAAGAAGAAGGAUGAAGAUGAAGAAGACGUCGGCAAGGGACUCGCUUCAUCUUCGGCUCCAUCAAAGGCCAAGCACCCCAAUCAAUACACGUAUCGACCUAAGCCUGGACAAUCCGGCAACCCGAUCCCUCUCAAGGUCCAACCUUCACCCCAAAAGAAACCACCAACCGCAGCUGAAGCACGCAAGUUUGCGAAUGCCAGUGCCAGGGCUAGUACUCCUGUGACUGGUCCUGCCGCAACGUCGAGCGGGAUCGGACCCUUGUCAUGGGGUUUGCCCGAUCAUCUGUCGGCGUUCUCACACGUACUGCCCACGACGACGCCAGAACCUCUGGAGUUAAUGACCCCGCGGCCCACGAAUCCGAAGGCUGCAGCAGCAGCUCUGGCGGCCGAUCCCAUGUCGGAGGAACGUCAAACUCACUUUGAACAACCGUCCAAGGUCAAGUAUCCUGGCAAGCGUAUGACAGUCGGCGAGAUGAAGAAACGCGUCAGGUCCGUUCUGGAAUACGUCGGUAGGAUCCAGGUGGAGGAGGUCGCUCGUGGUGAGCGGGCCAGGAUGCUCGGGCUUGAUGGGCUCGCUCUCGAACCGCAGCAUGCCGAUUUGGGGACGGUCCCGAACGGUCCAUCCGCCACCGGCCACGUACCGGUCAGCAAGAGCAUGCAGAUGAUGGACGACCUUACGAGAGACCUCAUCAAGUUUCAAGAGAUAUUCGAGGGGAACGGCCAACACUUGCAUGGUCAUGGCACCGGGGACAGCGAGCAAGGGAUGGAUCUCGACCGAUAAUGAUCGAGCGGUUGCUCGGAAUGUAUAAUGUUCGAUUUAAGCUAGAUUCGCCCGCCGAUUACGUUGUAUUGUUGAACACACGAGUGUGGUUUUCGUCUGUCAGCGGACGGUGUAUUACCAGUCUGAAAGUCUGCUGUCGUUGGACAUCGAGACACCGUCUCUGUUCGUUGGUGUGGAAGUGGUGAACUCGUGGGAUGACAUCUUCGGCCAUGUCCGCGCAUCUUCGA